UGUUGUGAAUGGAAAUUUCCCAUGUGUGAUCCAAUGGUAUAACCGUCCCAUUUCCGCUCUAGUGUUAUAUUUACCUUCCACUGGGUCGGUUUUCCGGAAGUAGGGGAGAGUCUUUUGGAAGUAAGAACGUCUCAUAGAAUUGGGUGUUUUGCCAGAUGCGUGAACCUAUGGGAUAAUGGUAGUACGACGACGACCUAAGAAGAAAGGAAAUGUGAGAGUUGACGAUGACCUACCUGUAGACGGUUUUAGGUCAUUACCAGUUGCAGGUGAUAACCAGGAAACAUUGUGUGAUGCAGUGGAAAACAAUGACGAGGCAAAGGUCAUUCAACUUUUAAAACAAGGACAGGGGUGUCGUCCCAAUAGUCAGAACAAAUUGACAUGCCUUCAUAUCGCCUGCCAGAGAGGGUACCAAAAAAUCGCACGCCAUCUCUUAGAUCAUGGAUUUAACAUCCACGCCUUGACGAAGGAGUAUAAGACACCACUCCAUGAAUCUGUGUGUAGAGGACAAGUCGCUGUCGCGAGAGAAUUAUUACGGAGGGGGGCGUCAACGGAGUCUAAAGACAUUAGAUCAUCCACUCCCCUGUUUGUUGCCGCUCAGAAUUGCGAGAAACAAAUGGUUAAACUCCUGCUGGAAUUCAACGCUAGCGUGGAAGCAAAGAAUGCAUUGGGUCAGUCACCUUUGCACGUGGCACGUACCGCCAGCAUCAUCAAAAUCCUGGCCUCAAAAGGUCUCGACAUCGAUAUAAAGGGUGACCAUGGGUGUACUCCUCUUCAUUGUGCAUCUCGAGAUUUUGACGUAGAACUUAUCAAGACUUUGCUGGACUUAGGAGCGGACCCAACUGUGAAGAACAAAGAUGGGAAUACGCCAAGAGAUCUCGCAGAGCCUCAAAUAUGGCAAGAGGAUAAGACAGCUCUCGACCUAUUGAGGGAAGCCGAGAAGAGGUUCGAUCAAAAUCCCGCCUCUAACUCAAAGGAUUACAAGAAUAUGGCAGGAAAUAGCGAAGAUGUACCUGUAGUAAAUCAAUUCAUAGUUGCCGACAUGAGCAAAGAUAGCAAGAAAUCUGCUGAAAAGAAACUAGAGACACCAGGGGUUUCUGGAAACCAAACGCAGAAGGAGACAUCAAGAAAGGACCAAAAUGCUCGACCUGAAUGCAACAACGCGAAUUCGACAACUCAAUCAGCUACUUAUCAACUUGAAAAGACCAUUAAAGAUCGUUGCCUUGGAGACAUCUCAGAUAAGGAGCUGGGAAGGAUAGCAGGAGUCCUAGACAAAAAGCAGGCCAAACAAUUGAGGAGGAUGGUUCCAAAGGCAUCGACACAUCGGAUCGAAGAAGAUGAGAAAGGGAACUGCCGAAACCAGUAUUUUCAACUACUGAAAGUCGUUCAAUCAAGAAACAGAAAAAUGUAUUUCGCAGAUUUUAAGAAGAGGAUUAAGUUGACCAGGUCAUCUUUACGUCAGAUGUCGCACCAAGAAAGGAUUUGCAUGGAGAUAGAGAUAGAAAAGUUUCAGCUGACCAAGAUCAAAAUAACAAAUCUGCGUCUGACCACAGUACUAUCAAUGGUAGUUAGCAAGCAUUAUUAUAUGCUGGGUAUCGAGCUUGGACUGGCUUCAGAGACUAUGAAUGAGAUCCACGAACUCACAGAGGAACUUCUGUCCGAAAGGUGUCACCAGACGCUACGCAAGGCCAAGGAAAGAUUCCCCAGGAAAACUUGUGCCGACAUAGUGCGAGCUAUUGCCAACCUGGAACACGAUUAUCACAGAGCGAUGGAACUACUUGUGCAAUCUAAGCAUUACCCGAUAAGAUACCAAUAGCAUGGUAUGUGACGUCACAUCGCCAGAUGAUAUUCUAAUGCACUUUUAGCAGCUUAGCAUUGUAUUUUUAAGGUCUCAAAACUGACCACUGUUCCUUAAAAUACGCAUGUUUUAUUGACUGGUGAAAACUUAAAAACAAAAAUGUUUCAAAGUCAUAAUCAAAUACCGGUGUUUAAAACCGUUGUCCCGGAUUGUUAUUUAUCCUUAUAAGGUUGUUUUUUUCUGAACGUUUAGGAAACAAUCGGAACACUGUGGUUUUUUUUACCAUU